AUGACGUUGCCCGAACAUACUUCAGGAUGGAUAAUUCAGGGCACCGCACCUAACGAUGGCUCGGCAGCUCUUGUCUGGAAACAAAAUUUGAACUUACCGAAGCUCUCUGAGCAUGGCGUUCUGGUUCAAUUCCACGCGUGGUCUCUGAACUACCCUGAGAUCGCAAUCGCCACUGGAACUUACCCCUGGAAACAAGACGACCCAGCUGGCAUUCCGGGUUCUGAUGCAGCAGGAGAGGUCGUCUAUGUGGGCAGCGGUGUCGAGAACCUUACUGUUGGAGAUCGUGUAUUCCCCAUCUACUACCCAAACUUCGACUUUGGGUCGGCCCCCACUAUCGAGACCGGGCGAGGAGUCUUUGGUCUGGAUGCCCCGGGCGUCUUCUGCGAGUACGCUGUUUUUGAUCAACGCGCUUUGUCAAAGAUGCCGAAGAACCUUUCGUACAAGGAAGCAGCAACUCUUCCGUGUUCGGCGCUGACUGCAUGGAACGCGUUAUACGGAUACAACCCGAUCAAGCCUGGAUCCUGGGUUCUCGUGCAAGGUACGGGUGGCGUGUCGAUGUUCGCCAUCCAGUUUGCCCUUGCUGCCGGGGCCUCAGUGAUUGCCACGACGUCCUCAGAAGCGAAGGCAGGGCUCCUUCGCGAAAUGGGAGUCGAACACAUCAUCAACUACAAAGAAGAUCACGAGUGGGGGGAGACGGCCCGCAAGCUCACUCCUGGAGGCCUUGGCUGCGACCACGUCAUUGAAGUCUGCGGGCCUGCGACAAUCCGUCAGUCUUUCCAGUGCGUUGCCCGUGGCGGUAUCAUAAAUGUUAUCGGGUUCCUUGCUGGGCAGACUCAGGGGCCGGAGGAUCCGACAUUCCUCGAACCCUUGGUUCGGGCUUGUGUGGUUCGCGGCGUGGAAGUUGGAAGCCGACAGCAGCUUGAAGACAUGAUCAAGGCUAUUGAGUGUCAGGAUAUCAAGCCUGUGCUGGACAGCGUCGAGUUUUCACUGAAAGAGCUUAAGCAGGUAUAUGAGCGAGUUUGGAAGAGGGAGCACUUUGGAAAAGCCGUGAUCACUGGUAUUUGA